UUCUCCAUUUCCUCCAUCUUCUCCCAUUCUUUCCUGUUACAGCCGGAAUCGAUCAGCAAUGGAGAUGGAGAUCGAUCAUCCAACCCAGAUAAAAGGAGAAGAGGAGCUCUUCAAAGCUGCUGAAACGGGAGAUACUUCGAUUUUCUCGGCUCUGAGCGAAGAACAGCUGGAUAGAGCUCGAUCGCUGCGGAAUGAAGACGGCCGCUCCCUCCUUCAUGUCGCCACUUCUUCAGGUCGUACCGAGGUUGUCAGUAUAUUGUCAGCUGGUGAUCCGUCUAUCAGUGGCAUAAAUAGCACUGAUGAAGAAGGUUGGGCUCCGAUUCAUUCUGCUGUUAGCUGCGGCCAUAUGGAAAUUGUUGAGAUUUUACUAAGCAGAGGUGCUUCUGUCAAUUUGGCAAAUAAUGGCGGUCGAACUGCUCUUCAUUAUGCUGCGAGCAAAGGGUGGUUGAAAAUAGCUGAAAUUCUGAUAUCCCAUGGUUCAAAGCUUAAUCAGAAGGACAAGGUCGGUUGUACACCAUUGCAUCGGGCAGCAAGUACUGGUAACUCAGAAUUGUGUGAGCUAUUGAUAGAGGAAGGAGCGGAGAUUGAUGUGGUUGAUAAAGCAGGCCAGACACCUCUUAUGAAUGCGGUGGUAUGCGAAAACAAACAGGCCGCUCUUCUUCUGAUAAGGCACGGGGCAGAAGUUGACGUAGAAGACAAGGAGGGAUACACUGUGCUAGGUCGAGCUUCUGGAGAUCUCAGACCAUUAUUGAUCGAUGCUGCUAAGGCCAUGCUCGAAGAUUAACUGCAGGAGUAAUAUUAUCUCAAAGGAACAUAAUCAUCAGUAAGCAAACGCACCCAAGUAAAUUAUCUAAUAUAUGAGAGUUAUAAGAAAAUCUUAGAAAAAUGUGCACCAUCCUAAGUCUUUCUUCUGUUACAUUUGGACGACAAAUGAGUAUGGCAGUCAUGUUCAAGUAUCCUGCCUGAGUGAUAAUCCGCAAAAGGACUCUCCUUUCUGAGC